CUCGGGGACGCGCGGCGCAGCCCGAUCUCUGACAGGUGGAUCGAAGUGCGAACAGAUUCGACUCGGCGCAGCAAUUCCUGAGUUUCGGACAAACGGCCAUCGACACAACGAUGUGGAAGUCUGUGGUGGGACACAACGUCAGUGUCAAAGUGGAGGCGGAGGGGGACGACUGGGACACGGACCCUGAUUUUGUGAACGAUGUGUCCGAGCAGGAGCAGCGAUGGGGGGCGAAGACCAUCGAGGGAUCAGGGCGCAGUGAGCACUUCAGUGUGCACCAGCUACGGGAGCACGUGUCGAAGGAGCACGAGGAGAAGAAGAAGAAGGAGCUGGCGGAGGGGCCCAAGGCCUCGUACGGAUACGGGGGCAAGUUUGGGGUGGAGAAGGACCGCAUGGACAAGGUUGCCAUGGGGCACGGCUACGUGGCGGAGGUGGACAAGCACUCCUCUCAGACCGACGCGGCCCAAGGCUUCGGGGGGAAGUACGGGGUACAGAAGGAUCGCAUUGACAAGUCUGCUGUCGGCUUUGAGUACAAGGGGCAGGUGGAGCAGCACGCCUCGCAGAAAGAUUACUCAAAGGGCUUCGGAGGGAAGUACGGUGUGGAGCGAGAGAAGGUGGAUAAAGCAGCUUUGGGGUACGACUACAAGGCAGAGACAGAGAAACACGAGUCCCAGAAAGAUUACUCAAAGGGCUUCGGAGGGAAGUACGGUGUGGAGCGAGACAAGGUGGAUAAAGCAGCGUUGGGGUACGACUACAAGGCAGAGACAGAGAAACACGAGUCCCAGAAAGAUUACUCAAAGGGCUUCGGAGGGAAGUACGGUGUGGAGCGAGACAAGGUGGAUAAAGCAGCUUUGGGGUACGACUACAAGGCAGAGACAGAGAAACACGAGUCCCAGAAAGAUUAUGCCAAGGGUUUUGGGGGGCGCUAUGGUGUGCAGACAGACCGCAUGGAUAAGGGCGCCGCCUCCUUCACUGAGAUGGAGGCACCAACAUCCUCCUAUCAGAAAACCCAACCCGUCGAGGCAUCGAGCAGCGGGGCCAGCAGUCUGAAGGCACGCUUCGAGAACAUGGCCAAGGCGACAGGCGAGGAGGACCGCCGGAGAGCCGAGGAGGAGCGAGCGAGGAGAGAGGCCCGAGAGAAGAGAGAGCAGGAGGAGGCGCGCAAGAGACAGCAGCAGGAAGUAGAGCUGAGCACCAGAGAGGAGGAGGAGGAGGAGCCUCCUGCUCAAAAAGCCCCUGCCAUACCGUCCUCAAGGGCCCCGCAGGCGUCUCCAGCACUGCCCGAGAGACGAAGAGAGGUGCCUGAGCCAGUGUCUGAACCAGAGCCUGAACCAGAGUCUGAACCCUGCUACAGGCAGGUGGAGGAGCAGGAGGACCCCGAGUACGAGGAGCCCCCAGAUCUGCCCCCCCGCUUGGUGGAGAUGCCCAGCACGAAGGAGGAGGAGGAGGAGGAGGAGGAGCCGGGGGUCUACGAGGACGUUUCAGUACUCACAAGCACUGACACAGCUGCAGACAAUGAGUACGAGGAGGCUCCAGCAGGCCUGUGUGCAGUGGCUCUCUAUGAUUACCAGGGAGAGGGCGAUGACGAGAUCUCCUUCGACCCGGACGACAUCAUCAGAGGCAUUGAGAUUGUGGACGAGUCGUGGUGGAAGGGGCAGUGCCGCGGCCGGGUCGGACUGUUCCCUGCCACAUACGUGGAGCUCAUGCAGUGAGCACCCUCUGUGGGCCUGGCUGUCCCCAUCUGUCUCUCUCUCUCUCUCUCUCUCUCUCGCUGUGCUGCCAGUAAUGCAGCAUCGCACUCUAAUCCAGGCAGUUUCAGCUCCUUUUUAAAUGUUUAAAAGUAUGAAGCAGCAGCAGCAGCAGUGUGUUUGAACCCCAGCCCCACUCCCCUUGCCAGUGCCCCAGCAGCAGCAGUGUGUUUGAGCCCCAGCCCCACUCCCCUUGCCAGUGCCCCAGCAGCAGCAGCAGCAGUGUGUUUGAACCCCAGCCCCACUCCCCUUGCCAGUGCCCCAGCAGCAGCAGCAGUAGUGUGUUUGAACCCCAGCCCCGCUCCCCUUGCCAGUGCCCCAGCAGCAGCAGCAGCAGUGUGUUUGAACCCCAGCCCCACUCCCCUUGCCAGUGCCCCAGCAGCAGCAGUGUGUUUGAGCCCCAGCCCCGCUCCCCUUGCCAGUGCCCCAGCAGCAGCAGUGUGUUUGAACCCCAGCCCCACUCCCCUUGCCAGUGCCCCAGCAGCAGCAGCAGCAGUGUGUUUGAACCCCAGCCCCACUCCCCUUGCCAGUGCCCCAGCAGCAGUAGUGUGUUUGAACCCCAGCCCCGCUCCCCUUGCCAGUGCCCCAGCAGCAGCAGUGUGUUUGAACCCCAGCCCCACUCCCCUUGCCAGUGCCCCAGCAGCAGCAGCAGCAGUGUGUUUGAACCCCAGCCCCACUCCCCUUGCCAGUGCCCCAGCAGCAGCAGUGUGUUUGAGCCCCAGCCCCACUCCCCUUGCCAGUGCCCCAGCAGCAGCAGCAGUAGUGUGUUUGAACCCCAGUCCAGCUCCCCUUGCCAGUGCCCCAGCAGCAGCAGUGUGUUUGAACCCCAGCCCCGCUCCCCUUGCCAGUGCCCCAGCAGCAGCAGCAGUGUGUUUGAACCCCAGCCCCACUCCCCUUGCCAGUGCCCCAGCAGCAGUAGUGUGUUUGAACCCCAGCCCCACUCCCCUUGCCAGUGCCCCAGCAGCAGCAGCAGUAGUGUGUUUGAACCCCAGUCCAGCUCCCCUUGCCAGUGCCCCAGCAGCAGCAGUGUGUUUGAACCCCAGCCCCGCUCCCCUUGCCAGUGCCCCAGCAGCAGCAGCAGUAGUGUGUUUGAACCCCAGUCCAGCUCCCCUUGCCAGUGCCCCAGCAGCAGCAGUGUGUUUGAACCCCAGCCCCACUCCCCUUGCCAGUGCCCCAGCAGCAGCAGUGUGUUUGAACCCCAGCCCCACUCCCCUUGCUAGUGCCCCAGCAGCAGCAGUGUGUUUGAACCCCAGCCCCACUCCCCUUGCCAGUGCCCCAGCAGCAGCAGUGUGUUUGAACCCCAGCCCCACUCCCCUUGCCAGUGCCCCAGCAGCAGCAGCAGCAGUGUGUUCGAGCCCCAGCCCCACUCCCCUUGCCAGUGCCCCAGCAGCAGCAGCAGUAGUGUGUUUGAACCCCAGUCCAGCUCCCCUUGCCAGUGCCCCAGCAGCAGUAGUGUGUUUGAACCCCAGCCCCGCUCCCCUUGCCAGUGCCCCAGCAGCAGCAGCAGCAGUGUGUUCGAGCCCCAGCCCCGCUCCUCUUGCUAGUUCAAGUAGAGGACGUGGGGCUCCAUAGUAUCAUACCUGAAAGAGGUCAUGUUUAAAAGUAGCUCGGGGUGAGAUCAUUUCCUAGCGCUGCAGCAUGUGUCUCUGUGUUGGAUGAGGCCGGCCCUCGUGUGUAUUGAAUGCAGUGUACCUGGAAACCCAGGGUGUGAGAUGCAUGUGGAUACGCACCGGGAGUAUCGGUAGCGAGCUGUGCAGAACAUCAUGGCUUUACCAGGCUGUGCUUUCAGACAGGGGCUCUCUUUGUAGUCUGGGCUCUGAUUAUUGUUGUUCAAUUGAUGAUUGUCAUUUCUUUUUUUAUUUUUACAAGACUGUACAUAUUGUCAUGUAAAAGCAGAAGUUGUGCAAUGAAAUUAAACAGAUGCUUAAAGUAA